UCAUGUCUGGUGCGGUCCCAGUCCCACCAAUAUUAUCUUCCCCUUCGGGUGCUGCGGCAUGGUGUUUACGAUGAAGGUCCUCCUGUAUUUACACUUCUAAAUUUCAUAAUAACUCAUGCACCUUUUGUUAACUUUGUCGUUGUAAAUUGUAACUUGAGUAAUCAUGGGAACGGAGACCGAAAUGAACGGCGCUGAUUUAAAACCGGGCUUCUGUCCAACCGAUGGAGAAAUUGAAAGGUGGAUGGCCAGUGCUUUUGACAUGGCCAAGGAUGCUCUGGAGAACAGAGAGGUUCCCGUCGGCUGCCUCAUGGUCUACAACAACCAGGUCGUGGGAAAGGGCAGAAACGAGGUCAACGAGACCAAAAAUGCCACCCGUCAUGCUGAGAUGGUGGCCCUGGACCAGGUGCUGGAGUGGUGUCGGCAUGGCGACGUGGAUCCCCAGAGUGUGUGCAUGAGGACGGUCCUCUACGUCACGGUGGAGCCCUGCAUCAUGUGUGCGGCUGCCCUGCGCCUGCUUCACAUCCCGGUGGUGGUGUAUGGCUGUGGCAACGAGCGGUUCGGAGGCUGUGGCUCGGUGCUGGACGUCUCGGCUGCACAGCUCCCUCACACUGGGACCGCCUUCAAGUGUGUAGCAGGCUACAGGGCACAGGAGGCGGUUGAGAUGCUGAAGGCCUUUUACAAACAGGAGAACCCAAACGCCCCUAAACCCAAAGCAAGGAAGGAUUAAAGGCUCCCCAGGAACAUCUCAUUGACUUUUAAUCGUAAUAAUUUGUAUUUUUAUAUAUGUAUAGAAAUAUAUCAUUUGUAUAUUUCAAUUAAAUGUGAUGGUUGAAACAGC